AUGAGUGCAGCAGCAGCGAGCACGUCCGUCUCGCCGUCGGCGUCACAUCUCGGAGCGGACCCCAAGAUCGUACGUCGACUGUCGCAGGUAUCGAAUAUCAUCCUCGUGCUUUCCGGCAAAGGUGGGGUGGGAAAGUCGUCUGUAUCCGCACAACUCGCACUCUCUCUAUCGUCUUCUCGCGUCGCAAACGAGGAACGGCUGGCGAGGGUGGGCAUCUUGGAUGUGGAUCUCACGGGUCCAUCGAUCCCGCGCAUGCUCGGGUUGGACGGGGCGUCGGUCAAGCAGAGCACGGACGGGUGGGUGCCCGUGUAUACGGAUGCGUCUCAGCAGCUCGCCGUCAUGUCCGUCGGCUUUCUGCUGCGCAGCAAAAACGAUUCGGUCGUGUGGCGCGGCCCGAAGAAGAACGCCAUGAUCAAGCAAUUUCUCGGCGACGUACGGUGGGGACAGCUCGACUACCUCAUCAUCGACACUCCUCCGGGGACCUCGGACGAACAUAUCAGCAUCUUGGAGUAUCUGCGCACCUUCAAUCCGGCAGCGGUGAUGGUCACGACGCCACAGGCUGUGUCGCUGGCGGACAAUCUGAGGAGUUUGGAUUUCUGCAGGAAGACGUCGCUGCCCGUGUUGGGGCUGAUCGAGAACAUGUCUGGCUAUAUCUGCCCACACUGCAAGGAUUGUACGAAUGUGUGGGGUAAAGGCGGUGGCGAGGCGCUGGCGAAGAGGGAAGGGAUCCACUUUUUGGGUCGUAUCCCGAUCGAUCCGGGUCUGGUGAGGGUGUUGGACGACGCGAAGGAAGAUGCGCAGCAGCAGCUCGAGCAGCAGAUCGAGUCGACGUCAUUACAGCAAGCAGCAAUUCAUCAGCCGUUGCAGCCGGAUCAGAAGCCAGCAAAUGGAGAUGCGGACGCACAGUCCUUGACGCCAGCGGGGACGAUGCUCUCAAGAACCACAAUACACCGCUACAAGCAAAGUCUCACCUUCCCCAUCUUCCAGGAGAUCACCGACCAAAUUCGCGAGCUCGCCUCGAAGCACAAGGUCGAUUCGAGUUCUACCGCAGGGGCUCCGUCGUCGUCGUAG